CUUUAAUCUGAGCAGCUGGACGCUACGUCACUGCCCCCCCCUCCCGCUCCUCCUCCUGCUGCUCCUCCUCCUCCCCACUCGCGUCCAUCCUUCAAAGAGGAGCUGCAGGCCGCGGAGGGAAGGACACGCGGAGGAAGGAGGCCGGCAUCCAUUGUUGUUCUGACUGUUUGUUUCUAUUUAUCGCUUCAGGCGGCACCGCUGCUUUCAUCUUGCUUUGAAGGAGCCGCUUCGACGGUGAAAAAGGGCUUUGCAGUGUUAGAGCGGCAGUUCUAACGCUGAUCCACCAACCUGCGGCGGGGAUGAAGCCGGAUGGAGCUACUAUGGAGACCUCAGAGCCUGACCAGGCUGCAGCAGCGCAUCGCCCCCCUCAGGAAGCCGCCACAGAGGAAGGUCAGCCUGCAGCUGCAGCCGCUCAGAAGGCCAACGGGAAGCCUGUGGCUGUAGACCCCAAAGCCCGACUGAAGGCAGGCGGGAGCAAAGUCCAACCAUCUUCCACUGGUGUUGCUGGAUCAGGCUCUCGACCAGGAACCGCUUCGCACCGAGCAGAGAAGGACGCUAAACCUUCUGCAGGCAGGAAAGCAGCAGGAAGUGCAUCUGCUGCAGGAGCUGCUCCUAACAGGGCAGCAGGAGCCAAGAACCAAAGCAGAGUUCUGGACAGGAGGCCCGUCGGACCCGUCAAGACGUCCUCCUUACCUGAUGCAGCAGCAUCCAAUGGUACCAAACCCAGAGGGCCCAACGGCGCCGCAAAGAGGGCCCCUGCUCAGGCUGCCAAUGGAGCAAAACCAAAAACCACUGCUCCUAAAUCCAACAACUCAAACUCAACCAAACCUGCAGCUCCAGCAGCAUCCAAGACGACGACGACGUCAACAAGGCCUGCUGCAGGUUCCUUAACAUCCAGACCUGCAUCCACCGUACCAAAACCUGCUGCUGCAGCAAAGCCUUCCAUCACGGCAACUGCUAAAGUUUCCAGAGCCGCUGCACCGCCGCCUGCUGGUCGGACUGCAGCAGUGCAGCCCAAUAAAAAUGCUCCUGCUGCAAAGAAAGAUGUAAGUCGACCGCUUCCUGCUGCCAGGAAACCCGUCGCUGCAGCAGAACCUCCUGCUGCCAGGAAACCCGCCGCUGCAGCAGAACCUCCUGCUGCCAGGAAACCCGUCGCUGCAGCAGAACUUCCUGCUGCCAGGAAACCCGUCGCUGCAGCCGGACUUCCUGCCUCCAAAAAGAUCGAAGCCUCCAGAUCAGCCAAUGCAGCAAAACCAAACUCUGCACCUAAAGCAGCGACGGCGACCAAGGCUGCAGCCCCCAAAGUUCAGCCGCCAGCCAAACCAGCGCCAACAAAGAAGCCUCCGGCCGCCGCUCGCCUUCCGCUGGCGAGCAGAGCGCCAGGCCGGACGCCGCCCGCUUCUCCUGCAGGCAGACCUGCUGGCGCCUCCAAACCUGCGACUCCUGCCACCAAACGUGGAGCCAGACCCCCUCAGACGGGCUCGCCUUUCACAAAGAAGACGUCAAACCCCCCGGUGCCUGAAGCCCCGCCCCAAAGGACGGCGGCGCCGGCGGCAGACCCGGCAGCUCCGACCGAGAAGCCAGAAUCGGCCGCUGUGGAGGAGGUUCAGACUCGGGGUGACGGGGAGCCAGAGGAGGUCGCUCAGCGUGAGGAAGCAGCCCCCCCGCAUCCCCUUACCCCCCCUCCUCAACAGGAGCAGACGACCGUGGCCCCCUCUGGUGCCCCGCCCAAGGAGCCGGGGUCCCCAGAUCAGACCCCCGCCCCGCCUGCGGCGAGCUUCGCCCCUAAGGCGGCGCCGCUGAAUCUAAACGAAGAGGAGGAGGAGGAGGAGGAGGAGGAGGAGAGGGAGGGCAGCCAGCUGGUGUCGGUGUCGGAAAUGAGCGGAACCACGCAGCCCACCGAGGAGUCCCGUCCUGGGUCGGGGGGGGCGGUCGGCGGCGCUGCCUGGAAAGCCGGAGGCGUCUGGUUGUCCGAGCUGGACUCGGAGGAGGUGAGCGGCAGCCAGCAGGGGGCGUCGGAGCUGAGCGCCCCCGGCGUCCUGGAGGGAACGGAGAGCACGGACGAGCUGGGCGACGGCAGCCUGAAGGGAGCCAUGGACAUGGAGGGGGCCUCGGCGGGGUCCCCCGACUUCGAGAAGGUCCCCGACAUCCCGGCGAACGAGGACGACGACAGCGACCGCGUCUGUGACAUGGAGGUGGGCUCGGAGCGCACGGAUGAGCCGCGUGGACCCCGCCACGACAACGACGUGGACGAAGAGGACGACGAAGACGUGGAGAUGGCGAGUGAAGGCGUGACGGAGAGCGGCCUGGAAAGCUACGGGAAUGCGGACGAAGACGACUUUGCCGACGAUGAGAGGCUGGAUAAUCUGAACAGGGUGGUCCAGCCGCCGCCGCCGCCGCUGCCCUCCGCCCCGGCGGCCCAGUGGGACCAGCAGAACCCGUCAGACUGUCGGUGGGCGGGACCCUCGCAGUCAUGCCUUCCUCAGGGUCCAGGAGGAGAACCGGAGGCUCAGGCCUGGCCAGGGGGCGGAGCUUCAGCCUCUGCUCCUGAAGGACAGGAAGUCCCACACCCACCCCAGACUGCUGAUCCCCGGGGCCCCGCUGCGGCCCCAGGGCCGUCUCCGUCCAGUGAGGCGAGCACGCCUGAGGAACGCCACCAGGAGAGGAAGCUUUCCUCUCCGGCGUUCGAGGCGCCUCCUCAAUCCUCCCAGGAAGUCCAAACGGAGAGGGAGGAGGAGGAGGAGGAGGAGGAGGCGGAGCCAGAGACCCUACCCGCUGAUGAAGUCCUGGGGGGCCCCUCAACGGCCCCUACCUCCAACCCCUCCUCAUCCUCAGUCACAGAAGAUGAAGCCAGCGACACGGAAGGAGAAGCUCAGCUGGAGGCGUCUUCUGCAAUCUGUAACCUGACCUUUGACCCCAUCCCUCCCCCCCAGCGCUGUCUCUCCACGGUGGAGGAGGAGGCGGAGCGGGCCCCCGGCGACGAAGCCGCUUCGCCGCCGUCCUUCAUCUUCGACUCCAACACCACGCCGUCCACCAAGAGCCCCGGCAUCUUCUCCCUGGAGGAGCUCCCGCUGGAGGCCAUCAAGGAGCCGUACAUGGAGGCUGGGCGGCAGGAGGCGGAGCCAGCCAAAGAGGCGGGGCCAGAACGGCGUGGAUCCAAAGAACCCUUGGAGGAGACGACGGACGUCCAGCCUCAGUACUACGCUAUCUGUGAAAAGACUGACGACUCUUUUCCAGGCUCGUCCUCGAUGCCUCAGCGCCGCGACCACUCCUCCUACCCCAGAACCUUCUGUGACAUCAUCAAACCCGCCGCCGCUCCGCCCAGGCUGAGCUGCGCCGACCUCCCCCCGCGGAGCGCCGGGCAGCAGGCGCUGAGCCCCCAGCUCCGCAGGCUGGAGCAGCAUCACAGGCAGCUGCAGGAGCUGCAGCAGCGCAGGGAGCAGCAGAGCCGGCCGCUGGAGGAGGCCGAGCAGGAGAGGAAGAGGAGGGCGGAGGAGGAGGAGAGGAAGAAGAAAGAGGAGGCGGAGGAAGAAAUCAAGAGGAAUAAGGAGGAAGAGGAGCUGAAGCAGAUGAUGCAGUGGCAGCAGGAGGCGCGGCAGGAGGCGCAGCAGGAGGCGCAGCCGUCCAGUAAAGCUCAGGCGGCGCUGCCGUCUCCCUCGUCGGUUCUCUGCACCAUUUAUGAAGCCUUGGAGAGCAGCGAGGAGGAGGCAGAAGAUGGAGAACCGCUGGAGAAGGAGAGUCCUGGACCCGAACCUCCUCCCCUCCCCGACUCCCCGGAGCGGCCCCCGCCCCUCGACCUGGACUGGGGGGAGAAAGUGGACAUGGUCCAGCAGCUGAUCAACCAGACGCUGCUCCUCCAUGGGGACGGCUGCUCCUCCCUGCUGCUGUUGCCGGGCGGUUCUGGGGGAACGCUGAGCCCCCUGGAGAGCAGCCUGUGGCCCCGCCUGCUGCCCCCCCUCAGCCCUCCCUCUGCCACCGUCACCUCCGUCAGCAGCUUCUCCCCGGAGGCCGCAGGCAGCUCCUCGCAGGGGGAGUGGACGGUGGUGGAGCUGGAGACGCAUCACUGAGGAGAGGAGAGGUUCCCACGGCAGCAGCCACCGACCGGCCGAGCUCAGCUGACCAGACAGCACUUGAACGCAUCACAGGAUCUAAAGGGUGAACCUGAACGCCUCGGAGAAAAAUAAAGCACAACACUCUUCCAGCAUCAAACGCUUCCAUCUGUCCGCCGCUCUGACCUGCUGCCCCUCAGCAUGAUGCUGCCGCUACCGACAGCAGGGAUGCUCAGCCUGCAUCUCUGCAGCUCCUCCAAAGGCAGAGGCUGUUUUAACGCCUGUAGACCGGGGGGGGGGGCAGCUGUUCAGGCGCAGCUGAUAACUGAUGCGACUCGGAGGAAAUCUGAGCACCUGAACGCAACACGACGGCAGGAGCAGAACUGAACCCCCCGCCCAUCAACGGCGGAUACCAGCUGUCAAUCACCUGCUGCUGCCAUGGAAACCGCCAUCGGCCCCAGUUACCGACUGUUUUCCUGCUGGUUCUCCUGGCGAAGCCUCUGAUUGGUUCCUUGCACUUAGAUCCAACCAGAGAACUUCCUGUUAACGGCGGGAAAAACCGACCAAUCUGAUUGGAGCGUUUUAGGAGCGCGGCUCUGAUGAGGCCUUAAACCUUUAAUCACUUUGUUUUUAACUCAGGCAGCUUUUCCUCCAACUCUUUCAUUUCGUUUAAGUUCUGAUUAAAUGUUGUUUUUUUUCCUGCCUCUUAUUUUCUAACGUUUGUAGAUUUUAUCUCUAGAGACAAAAAGCACAAAGAAGGAAGAAAUUCUGCUUUUCUUUAAACUGAACAGAUUGUUUUUAUCCAGUUUGAUUCACAGAAAAUGAUCUUUGAGAUCUGGAUUAUAAUGCAUCUAAUCCGGGGCCGCGCCCCUUCCUGGGAGCCAUUCCGCUUCCUGGGGGGCCGGGUCCCGCUUCCUG